UCUAUACUUACUACGUCUAUGGUUAUAACUGUAGUGUCCAUUCUGGCGUUGUAACGUUUAAUUAGAAAAACAAAUAUGUCUUUUUUGUACAAUUUGCCGAACGAGCUACUGAUAGUAAUUUUCAGAUUCUGUGAUGUAUAUACUUUAUCACAGAUUAGUAUGGUAUGCAAACAAUUUUGUCACGUAUCAUAUAUGAUAUUAAAUGAAAAAGCUAACCAGUUGCUUGUCACGAAUCAGGUGUCGGAAAAAUUUAGUGAACGAUGUAAACCACUAUUAUCUUCGUAUAUCUCUAAAUUUAUUACGCAUUGCAACUGGAAUAAUGGAAUAUAUGACGAACGUAAAGUAUGUGAAAUACCUUUAACGUUUACUGGUCGUAACAGUGGCCUACAAAUGACUAAAAAUGCGGUUGUGUUUCACGGUAGUGAGAGUCUUAUGGCUUAUAACCGCACAAAGAACGGUACUUUAGAAAAGAAGGUUGUCGAAAAUUGCAACUCUAUUAUUGCAGACAUUACUUAUUGCAAUGACGUAAUUAUAAGUAGCCAUCGAUGUAAACCACUAUUAUCUUCGUAUAUCUCUAAAUUUAUUACGCAUUGCAACUGGAAUAAUGGAAUAUAUGUCGAAAGUAAAGUAUGUGAAAUACCUUUAACGUUUACUGGUCGUAACAGUGGCCUACAAAUGACUAAAAAUGCGGUUGUGUUUCACGGUAGUGAGAGUCUUAUGGCUUAUAACCGCACAAAGAACGGUACUUUAGAAAAGAAGGUUGUCGAAAAUUGCAACUCUAUUAUUGCAGACAUUACUUAUUGCAAUGACGUAAUUAUAAGUAGCCAUCGAGAUGGUAGUCUCAGAUUCUGGAGAAUUCAAUCACGGAAAAAAAAUACAAAUUAUCUUACACAAUUAAAAAUAUCUAGCAUUGUAAAUGAUGAUUACAUUUAUCGAUUAGAUGCAACAUCGCAACAUAUUAUAUUAAGUUGUCAAUUUUUCGAUGCAACCGAAAAAGUUUCAGUAAAAAUACAGAAAAAUACAUAUGAAACAGAUGGUUGUGUGGAAAGAAACGAAUUAUUUUAUAGGAACCACUCUCUUGUGACUUCAAUUUUAUUUGACCCUAUAGGAACAAAAUUUGCUGCUAAUAUCAUUGAAUCGGGUCAUUGCUCGGUUCUAAUUUAUGAUAUUGAUAAAAGUUAUCAGGUAAUGGAGAAAAAAUAUGAUGAUUUUUUUGGCCUAUUACUAUGGGAGGAUCCUCACACUAUUCUCACUUUGAAUAAGGGUUAUAUUAAAAAGAUAGAUAUGAGAACAUCCGAAUUUGUACAUAUAUGCGAUACUUCAUCCAUUCCAGAGUGGGGUUAUGAUAACUUAACAUGUUUUUCAUCAGAUUAUUUAUACACUAUUAUGACGGGGACACGAAACGGUAAAGUCAUUUUAUGGGAUCAGAGAAAAAGUGCUCCCAUUCAAAUGUAUCAAAUGAGUCCUACGAAACCUCCCGAUUCCUAUUUAAAUGACAAUAUACGUUCUGAUCAAUAUGAUAGGAAGAAUAUACGUUCUAUACAAUUUGAUAGUACCCAUUUGUAUGCUGUUACAUAUGAAACUUUAAUUGAAUUUGACUUUAAGAAAAAAGACUACCUUGACCACGAGAAUAUAAAAAAUAUUUUACUGAAU